ACGGGCUUAACACAAAAAUGAAACAAGUUAAAAAUGAUUACAAGUAUCAAAUACAUUUGGGUAUACCUGUAUAUAAGUUUUUUCCUUUCAAUGUUAUUGUUUAGUUAUGGAUUUUUUCCUUUGUCAUACACUUCUACAAAUAAAUCAAGUUUAUUCGAAUUACCAAAUUCCCUGGAUAAUACCAGGCUAAAUACCGGUUCGUACAAAUCAAAAUAUUCCAGAAUUAUACUGAUGGUUGUCGACGCAAUGCGUAGUGAUUUUGUUGUAGAGGAAAAGAUGCCAUUUCUAUCUAGAUCUAUUGCCAGUGGAGUUGCAUGUCAGUACCGGUUACAGGUCCACCCUCCAACAGUAACAAUGCCUAGGAUUAAGGCUAUUACUUCUGGAUCUAUACCAAGCUUUUUAGAUGUAAUAUUUAACCUAGGUAGUUCCAAGUCAAAUUUGGAUACGUUCUUAUACCAAAUGGUUCAGCAACAUCAGCGUAUUGUUUUCUACGGUGAUGAUACCUGGACAAAUAUGUUUCCCGAAACGUUUUACCGACAAGGGGAAAACGUCGAUUCUUUAUUUGUAAACGAUUUUUAUAAUGGGGAUAAGAAUAUAACAAAAAGCAUGCGAUCCGAGUUGUAUAAUAACGAUUGGGAGCUAAUGAUACUUCAUUAUCUUGGAUUAGAUCACAUAGGUCACGUUGAGGGCCCGUAUAGUGAGAAAGUUCCGCCGAAGUUAAAGGAAAUGGAUAACGUAGUUGUUGAGAUUGUGGAAUCCAUGAAAAUACGGGACAAAACAAAUACCACUCCAUCAUUACUGCUUAUUACGGCUGAUCAUGGAAUGCGCGACUCAGGAGGCCACGGUGGUUCAACAAUUCCGGAAACAAAUGUUCCUUUGCUUGUGUUUGGAAACAACUGUUCUCGAAGCGAUGAUCUCUUCAUGCAAAUUGAUAUGGCCCCAACCUUGGCUGCAAUUCUAGGAGUUGCCAUUCCACAUUCCUCAAUUGGUUCACUCAUAGAACCUCUUUUGAGUGAUUUUUCGUCAAUAGAUAAAGCGUAUGUUAGUUAUUACAACACCAAAAGACUGAUUGAAAAGGUUCAACUCUUUUCUGACGAUAAUGUAAGGGAACAUGACUUUUUCUUACAGUACAAAGAAGCCAAAUUACUACAUACAAUAUUCUUAGAACGCGGAGAAGAUCCUACAAUAGUCAGCAAAGCGAUAAAAAAGUAUGCUGCUGUAAGCCGCAAUUUGUCAGCACUAUUAAUUAAAAGCUAUAUUAAAUAUGAUGAGUUCAGCAUGCUGAUUGGAAUAUGCUUGGGUGUUUUGACUUCAGCGUUAUCGUUUAUGCUUAUAUUUCUACCACAGUACGUUUAUGAGGUUGAUAUUCGUUUUAAAGUGGUUCCUGGGGUGAUUAUAUUCACAUCUUUAUACUGUUUCAAAUAUGUCAUAUACGAACUUAUGGCUAUUCAGCAAAAUUCUAAUGCGUACCAUCUGGUUUUUGUACAUUUGCUUUUGUUUGUGCAUUGGAGUAUUUUCAGGAGCAUAGCCUCCGUUAUUAAAAAAGACUCUGUACCGGUUCAUAAAACAACUCUUUGUGUAGUUUGUUUAAUGUUGGGUUUUCUAUUUCACAUGAUCUCUUCUUGUAGUAGUUCAUUUAUUGAAGAAGAACACCAAAUAUGGUAUUAUUUUUGCAAUACAUUAUUUGUAUUGAUGAUAUUGGUUGAAAUAAGAAAAAUUAACCAAAUUAUUGAGAAGGUUAAACUAUCUGGAAAAGAAAAUAAAACAUUUUUAAAGAACUUUUGGCGAGAACGGCAGGAGUUUUGUAUCAAAUCGAUUCUAUUCCUCUGCAGUCACAUAGUGCUCAGACGUUGGAACCAAACUGGAGACAAAUGGCAGCAUGUAACGGACAUUGGAGAUUGGCUUAGUAGAGAGGAACGUAAGGGUUGGCUUAGUGUAGUAUUUUUAGUCGGACUUUCUCACACCGUUUUUGCUAUUGGACAGCUGGCUGGAGUUUUAACGACAGUGUUAAGUGCUGUAGCCUGCUUAAUAAUUUACUAUUAUAGACUGAUGACAGGCUUUGUUUGCGCAUUUGGAAUUAUUCCGGCAAAGACCAACAGCUACCUCAGCAUAUUUUGGAUCAAUCUGCUUGUAAUUUUUGCCAUAUCAUUUCUACCAAAGAUAUAUUACAAAAUUAUUGGCAAAACAAAGAAACAAUCCAGUACAAUGAUAACCAGCGCAAUAGCUGUGAGCGCUCUACUAUCGAUGCUGGUACAUAAACCGCAUAAUGUAGUUAUGGUUGCGGCAUUAUUGUUCUCUAGUCGCUAUUUGAUUGCAAGAAUCGACAACAUUGCAGAAAAUAAAUCAGAAAACCUCUUGCUUAAAAUAGGUUCACAUAUAUGGCUGGGAAGGCUUUUUUAUUUUUAUCAGGGUAAUUCAAAUAACCUUGCGACUAUUGAUCUCAAUGCUGGUUACGUGGGAUUGAGCAGUUUUAGUUUUUAUCGGGUUGGCUUCUUCCUAUUUUUCAAUACAUAUCACGGACAAAUACUGAGUUUUAUUAUGUUGUUAUAUUAUUUAGAUAACAUACACCAGCAUAAAUUUACGAACAGAAUCGCCCAAAUAGAACAGAGUAACAAGGUUAUUACCAAUUGGCUAUUGAAACUCUUUAAUUUAGCAAAUACAACCCCAUUAGUAUUUUACGUCAUUGUUGUAGCAAUUAUGCGUAACCAUAUCUUUGUGUGGACAGUCUUUUCGCCAAAAUUGAUUUACGAUUGCGUUUAUAUGACCCUAACCAUGAUUCAAUUGUUAACUGUAAUUUAUUUUUUCUAAUAAGUAGAUAGUUAGGAUAAAUCGGAAUGUAAUAAAUGAAGUGGCGUAGAA